CAGCAACCAGCUACCCUGUAUAAAUGUUGCUGAAGCUUUGUGUGCUUCCUCACUGGGCUAGCUGCUCCGAGAAGAUGAAGUUUGUUUUCUUGAUCCUGUUUGAGGCAGCUGUAUUGCUUUUUACAUACGGCUCUGGACUAAGGAAGGACAGAACCGAGAGUGCUCAAGAAGAAAAAGUGAUCGAGGCUUGCCCUAUCAAGCUCCAAGCCAGCGAGAAAUGUGAUGAAGGAGAUGAAUGCCCGUACCAGAUAACCUUGCCGCCAAUGACCAUCCAGCUACCCAGGCAGUUUCAACUGAUUGAGCAAACCCUCAGAGAAGUGGAGAUCCUUAAGGAAGCAGUAAACAACUUGAAGAAGACCUGCCAAGACUGCAAGCUGCAAGCUGAUGACAACCAAGAUGUAGACAGCAAUGAGUUCCUGCCACCUGAAACAGACCCCCUGACAGACCACAGCAAACCACAAGACAACCGAGUGCCAGAACUGCAAAACAUGGUCUCCAAACUGUCAACUAGCCUGAAGAAGGCAAAGACUGAGAUCCACUCAUUACAGGGUCGGCUGGAGCAAAUGAACCUCAUCAAUAUGGACAAUGUGGAAAACUACGUGGACAGCAAAGUAGCCAACUUGACAUUUGUUUUGAACAGUUUGGAUCACAAAUGUUCGUCAAACUGCCCAGCCGAACAAUCAAAUGCAGCUAUGCAACUUCUACAAAGAGACUGUGCUGAUUAUUUUGCCUUGGGCAAAAGACAGAAUGGAAUCUACAGAAUUAUUCCUGAUCCAAGAAACUCUAGCUUUGAGGUUUACUGUGACAUGGGAUCAAUGGGAGGUGGUUGGACAGUGAUCCAGAUGCGUCAGGAUGGCAGCACAAACUUCAACAGGACAUGGAAUGAAUACAAGAAUGGUUUUGGAAACCUAAGCAGAGAGUUCUGGCUAGGGAAUGACAAAAUUCACCUUCUGACCAAAAGUAAGGAAAUGCAACUGAGGAUUGAACUUGAAGAUUUCAAUGGAGUCAAAGAAUAUGCAAAGUAUGAGCAGUUUUAUGUGGCCAAUGAAUUUCUCAAAUACCGCCUGAGCAUCAGCGGCUACAGUGGCACAGCGGGGGAUGCCUUGCACUUCAGCAAAUAUUACAACCAUGAUCAAAAGUUCUUUACCACUCCAGACAGAGACAAUGAUAGAUAUCCAUCUGGAAACUGUGGGGCAUAUUACAGCUCUGGCUGGUGGUUUGAUGCCUGCUUGGCUGCCAACCUAAACGGCAAAUAUUAUCACAAAAAAUACAGAGGUGUUCGAAAUGGGAUUUUCUGGGGCACAUGGUCUGGCCUUUCAAAUGAUAUUCCAAGUGGUUAUAGACAGCCUUUUAAAAAAGUUAAAAUGAUGAUCAGACCUAAGAUCUUUAUGUCAUAAAUUACACUGGAUUAUUAGAAACAACAACAAAAAGAUAUUUUUCUCACUAUUGACACCUUCCUCUGAAUUUGAGUGUACCUCUGAGUUUACAAAUUGUUUUUAUUGCAUUCUAAAAUAUUUCUGCAUACAGAAAUGUAUUAUAACUUGUCCAAAAACACACUGCCAUAUUUUUUUUCUUAAAUUUUGAGUGUGCAGGCAACCAUUUAUAAUUUUUGUAGCAAGAAAAAAAGUUUCCUCUUGAUUCAUGCUUUGGGUUUAACCACACUUUGUAACACUGACACAAAAUAAUCCCACUAUUUCAGCGUCUUUAUCAUGGCCUAUGCCAGCCAUAUGGCUGCAAGCUGGAUGUACAUCUGAGAAACAAACAUGCAGUUCUAAAGUUUUUACUGCUCCAUCUUCAGAUUAUUGUUAACCUCCUCCAAAACUACUGUAAAAACUCAAGUAUUCCAGAGCAAUUGAUCUGCAUUCACCUGUCUAUUACUAAAAUACUUGUUAUGUAAAUAAAUCAGAGGACCUAAUUCCUUGUCAUGGGUA